GGGAACAGUUUGUUUACACCGGAAGUAGGAGCAGAAAGCUCCGUUUCGGGUCUAGCUUUUUCGGUUUUGACCAAUUAUUCGGUUUGUUUCUGGUUCAGGAUGUCCUGACGGAGUUGUAGGAUGUUGGUUGGAUACAGCAGCAGCUCGGAGGAGGAAGAGGAGGACGGUGAAGGAAACGGAAGCGAAGCGGCGGCGAAGAAAACGCGACGCAGAACCCGAAGUUGUUCAAGAAAGCCGGUGGAGGAAGAUCGCGAUGGUUUCCCAGCGAACAAGAAGAUGAAAGUAGAAGAUGUGAUUCCCAAAACUAGACUGCCUCUCCCUGGAUGCCUCCUGGACAUGUUCCCUGAUGAAGAUGAUCCUCAGACUGAAGACAGCUCCCUUCAUGGUGGACGCGUCCGCUCCUUCAAGCACGAGAGAGGAAACUGGGCCACUUACGUUUAUUCACCCUACCAUCCUGAGGAGGAGUUUGAGGAGCUGUUGGAGGAGCUGCUGUCGGCUGCGGGGACCCGGGGUCUGGUUCUGACCCCGCAGGAGGAGUUCCACCUCAGCCUGUCCCAGACGGUGGUGCUCAGACACCACUGGAUCCAGCCUUUCACACGAAGCCUCGGGACGGGCUUGGCCCGCUGCAGGAGGUUUGUUUGCUCAGCAGAAAGACUGAAGAUCUACUGUAAUGCUGAGAGGACCAGGACGUUCUUGGGGAUGGAGGUCUCCUGUGGGCACGUUCAGCUGUUGGAUCUGGUUCGAGUUGUUGACGAAACAAUGACAGAGUUUCAGCUGGAAACUUUCUACAAGGAUCCAUCGUUCCACGUGAGUCUGGCCUGGUGUGUUGGAGACGUGACGGAGGACAUGAAGGAGAUGUCAGAGGAGCUGCAGAGUCUCGUGGACAGCCGCGAAGGUGGACCGUUUUCCUUGGUCUUGGACUGUGCAGAGGUCCGCUGCAGGACAGGAAACAAGACUUUUCGCUUCCCUCUGGAGGAUCAAACAUGACCCAAACGGUUUCGGUGGGUUUGAAAGAGGACUCGAUGUGAGAUUAAAUGAAGACUUUCAGGAAGUAUUGUUUCUGGAUCUGAAUAAACUCAACGUCAGAGGACUUGAAAUAAAUCACAGCACAUGCAGGUGAAAUUACAGAAUUAAAUUUUUUUAGCUUUUAUAAACUAUAUUUGUGCAGAGUUGAUGCACAAUAAUUUUUGCUUCACUUUAAAAAACGUCAAAUGUUCAUUUGAAACGCGAUCAUGUCUGAAAGGUCGGCUGGUGAAGUGAAUGUUUUAUUUAUUUUAUAAAUUCACGUUAUAUUUUUUAAACAAACAGGAAACAUUUGUUAGUUCCAGAAAUUAAAAAAUUAGUUUAAAUAAAAACUUGACUUCUGUCGUUUCAUCGUCUUUGUUCACUUUUACCUGCUCUUUAGCUACAUUAUAGUGUUUUUGUGACUUUAGCUAGUUUUCUUUUGAUAUUAUUAGGUGUGUGUACAUAGUUUCAGCACUCAGCACACUUUGUAUUUUCCACCACUGCGAAUAUUUUAGUUUUAUGAUGAAAUUCAGCUUAAAUAACCCGUUUAAUCCCACCAACAACAAUUGUUGCCAGAUAUUUUUUAUUUCUGAAAGCUCUAAAACCGUUAUUUUGGCUUUGGGCAGCUACAACAAAUAGUCUGUCUACUCUUAGAUAUAUCAGUUUCAUGUGGUUAGUGUGAACGGUCACAUGACCAGACCCCUGGACUUCCUGUCUGCCCUGCUGGAGAGAAAAGUUUACCUCAAACUGGUACAAAAGGGAGUGAAUAAAAUAUCUUAAUAAACAGAUAUAACUGAAAAA